AAGAGGUAACAACAAACACUAGCUUGUUGUCUUUUGACAUUGAAAUUAACUCCCCGACCUUUCUCUCUCCACAAAUUAGCUAUUCAUAUACCCUUUCCAGUUCACCAAGCCAUUCAUAUAUUCAUUUCCUCUAAAUAAUUAUAAGAGUAGAGAGAGAGAGAGAGAGAUAUGAAGCCUAAAGCUGUAGUUGUGGGAGGAAGCAUAGCAGGAGUGUCAUGUGCACACACACUAAUCUUAGCUGGGUGGGAUGUUGUUGUGCUUGAGAAAACUUGCGAACCCAUUAAGGGAAGUCCCACCGGAGCUGGACUCGGGCUCGACCCUCUGGCCCAGAGACUCAUUCAGUCGUGGCUUGAUGAUCCAGAGCUUCUCUACUCUUCCACUUUGCCACUCACUAUUGACAUGACAACUAAAGGGCUUCAAAAUCAAAAUGCAGUUAGUUCCCGUGCCAACAUAACCUUACGGAUUUUUGUUUGCAAACAGAACCAAGCAACAGAUAGUGAGAAGAAGGUCAGCUGGACAUUGACAAGAGAUGACAACUUCAAUUUCAGAGCAGCUCAUUGGGCUGAUCUCCAUGGCCUUCUUUACAAUGCAUUGCCCCCAAACAUACUUUUAUGGGGUCACCUUUUUCUCUGUUUCUGCAUUUCUGAGGACAAGACAUCUGUCAAGAUUAAGGCUAAGGUUCUAGAAACUGACGAGGAAAUCGAAAUAGUGGGUAAUUUACUUGUUGCAGCAGAUGGGAGCCUCUCUUCUAUCCGCCAGAGUUUUCUUCCUGGCCUUAAAUUGAGGUAUUCGGGUUAUUGUGCAUGGAGAGGGGUUUUUGAUUUUUCAGGAAAUGAAAAUUCAGAAACUGUUGUGGACAUCCGUAGUUCAUAUCCUGAACUGGGAAAGUGUUUCUACUUCGACUUAGGUUCUGAGACUCACAGUGUGUUUUAUGAGCUUCCGAACAAAAGGCUUAAUUGGAUUUGGUAUGUCAACCAACCCGAGCCUGAACUCAAGAGAAACUCAGUAACCAUGAAAGUAAGAAGUGAGAUGAUCCAGAAGAUGCAUCGAGAAGCAGAGAAGGUUUGGAUUCCUGAAUUCGUGAGAGUCAUUCGAGAAACAAAGGAUCCCUUUUUGAAUUUGAUAUAUGAUACCGAUCCCUUGGAACAAAUCUUUUGGGACAAUGUGGUGUUAGUUGGAGAUGCAGCUCACCCCACAACUCCUCACGGUGCAAGAAGCACAAACAUGUCAGUGUUGGAUGCAGCAGUUUUAGGUAAAUGCCUUGAAAAGAAUGGAGUAGAAAAUUUACAAGCAGCGCUAAGAGAAUAUCAGACCACUCGGCUUCCAGUUGUUUCCAAGCAAGUUCUGCAUGCUAGGAGAAUGGGUCGCAUAAAACAAGGUUUAGUUCUUCCUGACCAUGAGGCUUUUGAUCCAAAGAAUUCUAGAUCAGAGGAUUAUCAAGAGGUACAGCAGAAGAACAUGCCUUUCUUUGAUGAUGUUCCUUUACUGUUAAUAUGAUGUCCUUCUCUAUUUACUUGGAAUUAACAGCAUAUCUCUGCAACUGAAAAUGGCAUAGGGUUACUGUUCUUGUAAUUCUUUGCUCAUCAUUUCACAGUAGCUAUACAUCAGAUCUAGCUUUUGGCUGGAAUUGCCUUGUUUGUAUAGUAUGAUGCUAUCUAUUGACCCAAAAAGAAUCCCUGAUUUUGAAGAACACACAAUCAGUUUUUUCUGCUUUGCAUUGCAAUUGAAAUAAAUUUCUCCAUUACUAUCAGUAGUC